AUGCAGCUGGGAUCAUCAUGCAGCAUCGAAUCGGCUUCGUGCAAUCUAAAGUGCCCGAAGGAAAUCACUCCAGACCAAAUACCCGCAAUCCAAUCCUUUGACAAGAUUAUUCAUGCAUACAAUGGGACCACCUCGGCUCUGGAACUCCGGACAGAAGCUAUGCAAGCCGCUAAGCACAUCAGGCGGCCGGCAAGUGAACAACGCAUGGUAGACCUUGUCCGACUAAUCUCAGCACUUCAGAGGGAGCUGAGAUUUUUCCGAGCUGAGUACGAAGCGUCGCAGGCUCUGGUGGAGGGACUCCAUUCUGUUUCACAUCAAAUGUAUCUUAACUAUUUCACAUAUGAUGGCGAUGGGCAGCUGCAUCAGGAGUGGUUUAACCAGGCCCAAGAGAUCGACCGAUACUUGCAACGUUACCAUGAAGUGAUUAGGAAAGCCGAAGCGGAUUGGAUUGAGUUGAGCAGGCAUCAGGCUGAGCGUGACCAGUCGGCUUGGGUUUGA